GCCGGAGAAGCCCCGCCCCUCUUGGUGCAGCAGCAUCCUGGUCACUUUUUUACAGUCGAACGUUUUCUCCGUCACGCCAUUUUCCACCGUCGUUUGGAAGGAGUGCAUCGACGAGGACGGAACACGGAAGAAAAGUGGCUUCGAAUACCUUCAGCUCCGAUUCCAGCAUGCACCGCGACUGCCCUCUAGACUGUAAAGUCUAUGUUGGAAAUUUGGGCAACAAUGGAAACAAAACUGAGCUGGAGCGCGCCUUUGGCUACUAUGGACCCCUCCGUAGUGUCUGGGUGGCCAGGAACCCCCCGGGUUUCGCCUUCGUAGAGUUCGAAGAUCCCAGAGAUGCAACGGAUGCAGUGCGAGAACUUGAUGGAAGGACAUUGUGCGGCUGCCGGGUGCGGGUCGAGCUGUCCAACGGCGAGAAGCGCAGCCGCAGUCGAGGUGCUCCUCCGUCGUGGAGCAGACGGCCUCGCGAGCGAGACGACUACCGGCGGCGCAGCAGCCCGCCACCCAGAAGAAGAUCUCCCCGCAGACGAAGCUUCAGCCGCAGCCGGAGCAGGUCUUUCUCCAGAGACAGGAGGAGAGAAAGAUCCCUCUCCAGGGACAGGAACCACAAACCCUCUCGGUCCUUCUCCCGAUCCAGGAGCCGCUCCAGGUCAAACGACAGAAAGUAGAAGAAACUGCCGGUUUUAAAGGAGCUGUUUGGACGAGCUCCAGCAUUUCGCUCAGUGGACUUCAGCUUUGACAUUUGGUCUUUUUUUUUUUCUUUUUUUUUCUACAGCAAUCAAGUAUUUUAGAUAUUUUUUUUUCCUUUUACAGAUGGGGUUGUUUUAAUAGCAUCUGAUCAGUGCUUGUUUAUUCUGACCGUCACCCCUCCCUGCUCUUUGUUUUCCUGUCACUGAAUGUACGGCGUCCUCCCACGCUCUUCCUUGUUUUCACUGUAUGAACGCCAACUUCUGUUUUUGAUUGACACCCGCAUCUAAAGAUGUGAAACGCCGAUCUAUUUUCAAUGUAGUCCUUUAAUUCACAUGUUGGUGGUUUUGUCGCCCCUCAGUUCAGCAAGGAAAACUCUGGAACUGACUUAAAGAAAUGGAAAUGGAAGUCUGAUUUUUGCUUAUUGAGUUUUACAUUGUUUUUUUUUCUGUUGUUUGAUACUGUGUAAACUGGUCUCAAUUAAAACUGGUUUAAAAUAA